CUGAACGGCCCAAACAUCAAACAAUCUCUCAUCCAAUAUGGUUUAGGGUUCAGCAGUACAAAAUAGUGAAAAUGAUUAUGAAUUUGUUUCCUCAAUCACACUGGUCAUUGAUGGACAGUACAGAAUACUUGUGGAUACCGGACUAGCCACCGAUAUCAACGGGCGUACCUGGAUGCUUCAGAGACUUAAUGAUCUUGGCUUUCCGCCGCCGUCUAUUGAUUUUGUGAUAACAACACACGGUCAUCCGGACCAUUCGGGAAACACUAAUGAUUUUCCGGAUGCACGACACUACGCCGGAACAUUCAUGCACCACAGGAUGCAUUUCGAUUUGACGAAUAUCUUUGAGGACGAUGUGCAAAAGCUAACAGAAAACGUUUAUUUGUUAAAAACUCCCGGUCACACAUCUGAAGACAUCGCUGUUCUCGUCAAAAAUACGACUUUCUUCGGAACAGUUGUCAUUUCAGGUAAACUUUUUAUGAUGGGGAGAGGAGAAGGGAAAGAGUGA